GUUUUUGGUUAGUCGCUAGCUUACCUGCGCGUGGGAUAGUUAUGUGGAUGUGGAAUGGAUCAACAUUAGGUGAAGUGAGUUGUGCGUGUGUAUAUAACUUUGUAUUAUUUUAAGCCACAUCUGCGGCUUGACUAUGUAACGAUCUCAAUUUAAGAUAAUAACAGCAAGUUUACAAAGCUUUAUAAUUCUAAAAGUGAUGAUAUUCUUAGGGAUUGAGGCAUUGUCACCAAGUUUUAGAACAAUUUUGAUUGAACCGAUGUUGCAUCUCUUAAUUGGCGGCUGUAAUGGCAGAGGAAUACUGUAGGCAUGUUUUGAGAGUAGUAAUUGCUCAGAUAUGUCAGACAAUUGGAUGGCACUCCAUAACUACAACCCCACUUGAAGUAUUAAAGGAUGUUUUACAGUCUUUUAUUACAGAUAUUGCAGACAGUGCUCACAGAUAUGGAGAACAGUGUGGACAUACAUCGCCGACGGUGGCAGACAUUGCCCUUGCGUUUAACGACUGGGGUGUGAAUAUAUCAGAACUAGAAGAGUAUGUGGAAUAUGUUGCCCCUGUGCCAUGUGCGAUCAGCGUGCCAAAGUUCCCUGUGGAGAGGGAUUCUCAUCUCAACCUACUCAAACCAGGCUCCAGAGAAGUUGUCACGCGGCCAGUUCACAUACACGAACAUCUACCUGCAAUGCACCCACAACUUGAAGAAGAAGAAUAUCUGGUAAAACAAUCACCACUGUCAGUUGACAUAACAGGUACAGAACCUGGUUCUGGUACAUCACCUCUUUCCAGUCCGAAAAACAGUCUCUUUAAGCGUCCAGGAGAUCCAAUUUCUGCUGAAAACAAUCUUUUGAAACGAGCUAGGAUGAUGCUAGAGGAGGAAGGCCGACCCUUGAGGGAAAUCAGCAGUGUGAUGAUGACGACCUCAGGGUUCCUGUCACCAGCUCGUGAGGGCAAGUUGCCGGAAGCUAGGACACCGACACAGUCAUCUGACUCUCGGUCCAGCUCACCUCAACCUCUCUCAUACCCCACAGUCCCUCCCGAAGUCAAGGGAGAAAAGAAAACUAAGAAGUAUUCUAAUAAAUCAGCCAUGGAAGGAAUAAGAAAAAUUGUUGACAAAGAAGUGAGCAAAGCCAAAGAUAUGAGUAGCGAUAUCCAAGUGACCGAAGAUGAUGAUCCUAAUGUUAAAAAGUUGGUCAGCAUGAAAGAAGUGUAUAAGUUAAAGGCACUGAAACCUGGAGCAAUAAAAAUGCUCUCGCCAAAUAAUGGUGCAUCGGGUGGUGGUUCAGGGUCAAAAUCUAAAUCAAACAAACUCAGAAAUGCACCUGGGAUCAGCCCGAUAAUAGCAGCAAUGCCCAAGAUUCCCAAACUUAGUCAGUCUAAAAACUCUAAAAGUGAAAAACCACUAGUCGGAGCUCAGAGCACUAAAACAGCUAACACUGAUAAAAGUAAGGAGGUAGGUGUAAUUGAAGGUAAGUUAUCUUCAGAGCCAGAUAAGCAAAAGUUAAAUAUUUUCAAGAAAAUAUCAAAAGUCAAAGAAGAGAAAACUGACCAAGUUGAUUUAAUAAAAAAUAGCCAUGAAAGUUUAGUGACGGCAAAUGCUGAGCAAGAGAGUAAGCAGAGGGACAUGCGAUGGGCACAGAUCAGUGAAACCAUUGAAGCAGUGAUUCAGAAGAGUAGAGAACAACCAUCACCACCACCUGAACAGCAUGAAAUCGUCGAUAUUGAAUCUUCAGAAUCUGAACUUUUUUCAUACGAUGAUGACCUUUCACCACCUGGAACCCCCUCCACCCCACGUACUCCAGAUCUCAUUCCCCCACAGAAGAAAUCUGAUAAACAUUUAGAUUCGAAAAAGAAAAAGCGAGGAAAAAGAGACAGAGAUAAGAAGGAAAGUAAAGACCGUUUUACCCACAGUCCAAGUCCGAAAAGGUUCAAAUCGGAAAGUACAGAGUCUGAUUAUUCUUUUCUUGAAAAGCCUAAAACGCCUGAAGUAGAAUCAACCCGAGAUGAACCCGUUUUACUUCCAAGGAAUAGGGAAGACAUCAUGUCUUCUCACGGGUUUCCAUUCAUACCUUUCCCUCCAGCACCUGGUCUAAUACCUCCUCACAUUGCCAACCCAUUAUUUAACAGACUGAAUAUGUCAAUGACAAAGCAACCUGGUGGCUUGAUGGUCCUUAACCCGACAAUGCCCAACAUUCAACUCCCUCCACCAUUGCAUGUCAAUAAACAUGAAGAAAUCACUACAUCCAAAUCGAAGAAACAACAGCCAUCUCCGUCAUCGACAUUGACCACUACUCAGAUCGCACAAAGCUCACGUAUUUCUCCCAGUUCCUUAAUUUCUUCCACUAAUCGUGUUUCUCCCAGCUCUCAUACCUCCCCGAACUCUCGUGUUUCUCCAAUAACAGUCUCCAGUUCUGUGUCUGCUCCUGAUACAACUGAUGCCCACUCCUCUACGGUUUCUGUGGUUCCCACCAAAGAAAAGUCUGCCGAAAAGAAAAAAGAACACAAGAAAGAGAAAAAGGAAAAGAUUAAAAAGAAGAAGGACAAAAAGGAAAAGUUGAAAAAUAAGGAAAAAGGAGAAAAGAAGAAAAUUAAAAGUGGGAAGAAAAUAAAGGACAAGGAUAAAAAUAAAGAGAAGAAAGAGAAGAAAGAAAAGAAAAAGGACAAAGAGCGUGAAGAGAAAGAGAAACCAGAAACUUCAGUGCCAAAGUUGACGUUGAAAUUGGGUCCUUCAUCACCACAAGGAGGUGGUUGUUCUUCAAACAUAACCUCUGAUACACCACAUAGAAAAAUUGUAAUAAAGCCUGUGAUUGAACCUCCGAGAGUAGAGCCGAUAAAGGAAGAGAAGAGGUCUCCUAGCCCAGAGCUGGCGCGUAUAUCUGCAUUGGUGACUCGUCCCACCAACAGUAAGCCGCCCCCAACCGUACCUCUUGCACAGUCUGUUGAUCCUUUGGCCGAAUCCUCCUUUUCAUCCUCUCUUGCCAUGAAGAAACCCACCAACCACUCUGCCAACCAAGCUGGCCAACCAAAGCUAAAAUCUAAAGAAGUUCCCAAGAAAGCAAACCAAGUUGAACCAGAAAAGAAGGACCCUGUUGCUUUCUAUUUUGACAAGGAAGGCAACCAGGUGUGGAUCUGUCCCGCUUGCAACGGUCAGGAUGAUGGCAGUCCGAUGAUUGGCUGCGAUGGAUGCGACGCCUGGUAUCACUGGGUUUGUGUGGGGAUUCAAGUACCUCCGGACUCUAAUGAUUGGUUCUGCCGAGUCUGCAUCAGCAAACGACAAGACAGUCUCGGUGACAGAAAGAAAAAGACUGAUAGGCGGAAGAAAAAAGGAGGAGGUGUAACAUAAAAAGUUACAGGAUUGAGGCUGUGUGCAACCAAGAAGGAUUGUUCCAUGUGGUUUCAUCGCCAUCCCAAGUAAUUCCGUUAUUAGAGGAUUUCACAAGUGAAAAUAAAUACGACCAAAUAUUGUUGUACAUAAAACAUAGCAUAAUUGGUAUUUCUACUAAUUAUAAUCCAUAGACUAUCUAUCUGUAUGAAUAUAUCGAAGUCAAAAGUACUAUUUUUUAUAUUUUAAUAUGUAUAUAUGUGGACAUAACUUUGCUCUUAAAUUAUUAACGUCUUAUCUUCCAUACUGUGUUGCAUUUUGUUGGAUACACCAUUUUAAGUUGUUUUUACAGUUAGAAUGACUGUAGUUUUUCUUGUUUUUUGUUAUUGUUUUGUAGUAUUAUAUGGAACAAGUUAUCAUUAUACACUUUAAUUUGUUUUAUUCACAACCCAACACGCUAAAAUCACUGAUAUACAAUUUCUAACCUUGCACUGAUUGAAAGUAUAUAAUGUUAAAACUACUGAAGCUAAGUACUUACAUUCAGAAAAAAGAAGUAAUACUGUAAUUUUUAAACCAUUGGCUCGUUUUGUAUUGAAUCGGGAUGUGCAGUGUUAGUAGAAAUGCCAGUGAUUAUUGUUGGAUUGCUGAAUCCGAAUGUUUAAAUAUAGCAUACACGCAGAUAUUAACAAAAUUAAAAAUUUAUUUUUGUUUUUCGUUUUAGCUAAUAAAAGAUAUAUCUGUAAACAAAUAAAUUAAUUUCCCAAUUCCCAGAAGGCAACAAUUUUUUGGGGGGAGAGAUGUACUGUGAAAAAUGUGCUGAGAAAGUGUUCGAUGCAAUAUUUAGUGUAAAGUACUCGCAUAAUACUCAAAAUUAUAUUUGUUCCUUAAUUACGUAAGAGGUUGUGAACUAGAAACUGUUCUAUAUAGAAGGUUAUUUUAAAAUGUUUAGAGAAUAUCUGAAUUUGUAUUUGUUUGGCUUUACUGGAUAAUAUAGAUAAAGAAACAUAAGAAAGACUUCUAUACUAAUAAUGAAUCUAAAGUUAAUUUUAAAUUUGCUUGUAUGACUUGAAAUCAAACUAUAUAUUGAAGGUCAAACUGAAAACUCAGAUUGCAUAAAGACAUAUCGCUAGUCUAGAAGUGAUAGAUAGCCUUUUGGCUUGUUUUUGUGAUUGUAUACUAAUAAUUAUUUAACUUCAUUUUGGUACAAUAAAUUGUUUGUGUUUUGA